AUGUUGUCUUAUUCUCAGGCCAAUGCAGCAUCAGGAAUGGCUGUGCACGAUGAGUGCAAGUUGAAGUUUUUGGAGCUUAAGGCAAAAAGGACCUACCGCUUCAUUGUUUUCAAAAUUGAGGAGAAGCAGAAGCAAGUUAUUGUUGAGAAGCUUGGUGACCCAGCCCAGAGCUAUGAGGAUUUUGCUAAAAGUCUUCCUGCUGAUGAAUGUCGAUAUGCUGUGUAUGAUUUUGAUUUUCUAACGCCAGAGAAUGUCCAAAAGAGCAGGAUUUUUUUCAUUGCAUGGUCUCCUGAUACAUCAAGGGUGAGGAGUAAGAUGAUAUAUGCUAGCUCCAAAGACAGAUUCAAGAGAGAACUGGAUGGAAUUCAGGUGGAAUUGCAAGCAACAGAUCCAACUGAGAUGGGUCUUGAUGUUAUCAAAAGCCGUGCUAGCUGAGUAUGGAGCUUUUAGGCCUUGCAAUGGGGGCUUCCUCCAUUUGUCUUUUACUUGAGUGAAAUGUUUAUAGGUUGUGGAAUGGUGAACUUGGAUAAUUAUGACACAAAUUUCCAAGCAUUGCCAUAGGCUUUUAUUAGUCUCGAAGAUAAACCUGUGCUUUCGGGUAUAUGUGAUUUGUUAUCUAUAGAACUUAUGUGUUGAGUGCCAUUGUGUAGUCUUAUCUCUUCAAGCUAAUAUGUAACUGUUUGUGAGGGGUUAGACAACACCUUUAGUUCAUUUUCAAGUUUUUUGGAAUAUUGACCCCCGUCAAUUUAUUUUGGAGUGUUCAAAGGGCAUGCUUUCAUGGCUUCUGAGUCACUGAAUUUUUGCCGUUCUGUAUGACUCUAGAUUGAUGUGUUCGGAGAACCGAUUAUGGUUCUUGCAAACACAUUUUGUACAAGUUCUCCAUUUUACUCUAUCAAACUUCUUGGAUCCUGAUGGAACUAAAUCCAUGUUCUUGCUUA